AUGUCAUCUACAAAUCCCCAAGACCUCCCACACAUGAACUUCCGCUCCUUCGUUGAAUCACUCAAAAGCGACGGCGACCUCGUCGAAAUCAACGAAGAAUGCGACCCCAACCUCGAAGUCGGUGCCGUCAUCCGCAAAGUCGUCGAAAACGAUGAGCGCGCCCCGCUCUUCAACAAGCUCAAAGGCCAAGAUGCCGACGGCUUCUGGCGCAUUCUCGGCGCGCCUAACUCGCUACGCGCCGAUGCCCAUCAGCGCUUCGGGCGUUUGGCGAGACAUCUAGGGCUACCACCUACGUCGAGCAUGAAAGAGAUUCUCGACAAGAUGGUCGCCGCGAAGAGUGCUGCCCCGAUUCCACCCGUCGUCGUCGAGUCCGGUUCGUGUAAGGAGUUCCGCUUGACGCCUGACCAGUUCGAUCUCACGAAGCUACCUGCCCCGAUGCUCCACAUGUCAGACGGAGGAAAGUACAUUCAGACGUACGGCAUGCAUAUUGUCCAGUCUCCCGACGGCAAGUGGACCAACUGGUCCAUCGCUCGCGCAAUGGUGCAUGAUAAGAACCACCUGGCGGGGCUCAUCAUUGAGCCACAGCAUAUCUGGCAGAUCCACCAGAUGUGGAAGAAGGAAGGCAAAGAUAUGCCGUGGGCGUUGGUGUUUGGCGUGCCGCCAGCAGCCAUCAUGGCAGCGAGCAUGCCUUUGCCAGGGGGUUUGUCCGAGGCGGAAUACAUCGGAUCCUUGGUCGGGACGCCAUUGGAGGUUGUCAAGUGUGACACCAACGGGCUGUAUGUUCCUGCCAAUUCGGAAAUUGUUUUUGAGGGUAUUUGCUCGGCUACUGAGACGGCAUCCGAAGGGCCGUUUGGCGAGAUGCACGGUUACGUGUUCCCUGGCGAUGCACACGCGCAGCCAAAGUACAGAGUUGAUCUCAUCACGCAUCGCAAGGAUGCCAUUCUGCCCGUCUGUAACUGCGGCCGGUUGACUGACGAGACGCACACCAUGAUCGGCCCCUUGGCUGCUGCCGAGAUCGGAUUCCUCCUCAAAUCGCAGGGUCUCCCCAUCAAGGAAGCCUUCUCCCCGUUUGAGUCGCAGGUGACAUGGGUCGCUCUUCAAGUCGACACUGAGAAGCUUCGCGCCAUGGGGACUAACGCCAAGGAUUUCUGCCGGAAAAUCGGUGACAUCGUCUUCAACGACAAAGUGGGCUACACAAUUCACCGCCUCGUCAUUGUCGGAGACGACAUCGACGUGUACGAUUUCAAGGACGUCAUCUGGGCUUUCUGCACGCGUUGCCGACCUGGCUUGGACGAGUACCACUUUGAAGACGUCCGUGGCUUCCCUCUGAUCCCAUACAUGUCACACGGUAACGGCGACAAGCGUAUGGGCGGCAAGGUCGUCUCAGAUUGCCUGAUGCCGACGGAAUAUAACGCCGGACGGGAUUGGGAAGCUGCGGAUUUCAAAGAGUCGUUCCCUGCUGAAGUCCAGGAGAAGGUGCUCCGAAGGUGGGAGACAUUUGGUUUCACUUCAAAACAGUGA